AAUAUACAGCAUGAUAAAUGAAAAUAAGAAUUGGGUUAUUUUAAGGGCCCGUUGUGAUUUCUAAAACGCGGGCUAUCCCAUGCUUGUGGGACAACGACUUUUCGAAUAGAAUGCCCUCAGAAAUUGACGGAGUGGAAGUGUAAGGGAUGCCGUCAGGGCAGCGGAUAAUUUUUAUGGAUCCUGUUGGAAGGGAGGCGGGUGCAAUGUCGCCAUUCAGGCAUUGGUGAGGGAGUCAGUAGAGAUCACCGCUAGGCAUAGAGAUGUCGGUUCCCUUGCGGUACCGGAAGCAAUUGCAUUCGGCCGACCCAGAUGCGGCGAUUCUCCUGAAACCAUCUAACAGUGUGACACACGAGCUUAAGCUGACUCAUUAAUCCCCCCCCCCCACUUUGUGCAAGAGCGCAAAAGUGUGGUCACCACAUCUACGCCUCUAAAUAAGGAGUGAAACAGUUAGACUUCUCUACAAAUCUGGCUGUCGCCUGAUGAAGCUAGUUGUAAUUACUGGCGAAGCGUCGUACUCAGAUUGUAGAUGUUGUGGCUUGGCUCUCCAACACACAGGUGUGCUGGACUAGUGACGAAUUGGCAUGUUCUGUUGACGUGACAACACUUACUAGUUGGCUGUGUCGGGUGGUGGCGGGUUUCAACUACACAUUUAUAUAUCUACGCGAUCUUAAACACAAGUACUGUGUGGGUAAUGAAGACAUUAUUCCUUCCAAAAGUAUUUGUUUGGUGAUUGAACAUCUUAACACAACUGUUUUAUUGCCAGAAAGGGUAACACUUAUUCUUAUAUUUGAAUACUGGCAAGGGAGGUCCCAUGAGGUGUUAAGAUGUUCAUACACAAAAUGAUGCCUUUUGCAACGAAUAAAGUCUGCAUUAAAUACACAACUUAUUUGGUGUUUGAACAUCUGAAAACAACUCCUGUUUUAUUGCCAGAAAGGGUAAAACCAAUCAUUAUUAUUUUCUCACACUUUGAUACCUAUUUUUUUUUACGCGCUGAUGUUGAUGUGUUACGGCCAGACUACCCCUGGGGCGCCUGCUUCCCACCCACAUGAGCGGUUAACGGUGACGGGUUCCACAAAGGGCCUCGCCCGGUGGUUUGUGACUCCACAAACUGGACCCUGAGCCACAGCCCCGUGACCGAGUUAAACACGGCAACUCCCACCGGUGUCUCACAGCUCGACAACUGCAUCGCGACUUUGAGACAGGAACACAUUAUUUUCAUGAAGUAGUUUAAAGUGUUAAACUUAAAACAAAUAAAGUGAAGCCGGAAGACGAAGAUAACAACAACAACAAUGUCGUGGAGUAGAGCGGCAGGGAGCAACGAGUUUACUAGCAGUGUUCUCCUGACAGUUCAGCUGAGACGAGUUGAGGUGAGGUGAGUUGAGAUGAGGUGAGUUGAGGUGAGGUGAGUUGUGAUGAGGUGAAUGAGGAUGAGUAUUUGAGACGAGGUGAUCCGAGUCUUCUUUUUUAAGCCACCCCUCGAGUGGAGACGUCUGUACUCGCUCACACGUCAACACAUUCCAGGGCAUAUCUCGUGAUAUGCAAAUCAAACUGAAAGACUUCCUACUUCCUUGUCACCCAUUUACGUGGCUUGUUCCUCGUUUAGCUUCUCAGACGCAGCCAGCGACUGCUUGAGAAACAGCCAGAGACUGCUUGAGCUACAUUUAGCGACUACCUGAGCUACAUCAAGCAACUGCCUGAGCUCCAGCCAGAGACUGCCUGAGCUACAGUCAGAGACUGCCUGAGCUCCAGCCAGCGCCUGUCUCUGAGUGGAGCCACAAGGCCAUGGCGAGUGUGGUUCCCAGUGGUAGCGAGGCUCCAGGGGAGUUGACCUGCCCCAUCUGCCUGGACGCCUUCCGCUGCCCCUGCACGCUCAGCUGCGGACACUCGUUCUGCCUCGAGUGCGUGGAGGACGCCUGGGAUGCGGCCAAGUCCUUCUCCUGCCCCCAGUGCCGAGUGACCUUCCCUCAGAGGCCCCAGCUGAACAAGAACUUCACGCUCGCCAACCUCGUGGAGCAGCGCAGUGCCACAGAGAAAAUGGCUACCGUGGUCUUGUGUGACUUCUGCAACGAUGGCACGACCGCUGCCUCGAAGACCUGCCUUAGGUGUGAUAUGUCCUACUGUGUGACUCAUGUAAAGCCUCAUCAGGAGAACCCGAAGUUAAGGGGCCACGUUCUGGUGGAUCCAGCCACGAAUCCUGAAGACCGCAAGUGCAAGACGCACAGAAAGGAGCUAGAGUUUUACUGCCGACAGGACAAGAGCUUGGUCUGCACAACCUGCACCAUCGCAGGAGACCACAAGGGUCACGAUGUGGCUACGCUGGAGGAUGAGCACAAGACACGGCAGAAACAAGUGGGAGAGGAGACGCGGGCGGUGGAGGAGAAGAGGAGGGAGGUGGAGGAGUCCGUGAGGCGGAUGGAGGCUGCUCGCAGGGACGUGCAGGGAUCCAUGACAGAUGAAACAGUUUCAAUCUCGGUCAGAUUCACCCGCGCGAGAGCAGCGUUGGAUGCGGAGGAGAAGGCGGCUUUAGAGCAAGCGGAGCAGAAAGGGUGCGAGCUGCUGUCCCAGAUCGAGAAGAAGAUCGCUCACUACCAGCGCGAGAUCAGCGAGCUCCAGGCAGCAGCCACUCGCCUGCAGGCCCUAACGCAGGAGAGGGACUCGCUCGCGUUCCUGCAGGGGCACCUGGAGGAGACGCGCAGAACAGGGAGGGUUACAGCAGCUCCACUCUCAGCUCCCAGCCAAGAGGACAUUGCCUCACUUAAAGUCCUGGAGACAACUGCAGUCAAACUCCUGUACGGAUGCUCACCGACCCUGGACACAAACUCCGCUCAUAACUACCUCCAGAUCUCCUCGGAUCUCAAGACGAUGACGUGGACCGAUGCCUCCCAGGGUCGCCCCAAUCACCCACACCGGUUUAAUAGCUUUGCACAAGCCCUGUGCUGUGAGAGCUUCUCGUCGGGCCACCACUACUGGGAGGUGGAUGUGGGGGAUGUGGAGUGGUGGCGGGUUGGAGUCGCGUACGGGACGAUCCCACGGAAAUGGGAUCGUGUUACACAGCUGCUGGGAGGGAGCAACGUAUCCUGGUGUUUAGAGAAACGUGACGACAACUUCUCAGUGUUUCAUGGUGGAGAGAAGACUGCACUGUCGGUGAGGGGGGCCCCCUCCCCCCGCAGAAUCGGGCUUCACCUGCACUGGGAGGGGGGGCUCCUGGAGUUUUACCGCGCCGACUCAAUGGAGGUGAUCCACGAGGUUCGGCAGAGAUUCUUGCAGCCUCUCUACCCUGGGAUGUGGGUGAGGUAUUGUAAUGAUCGAUUGGAGAUCGUGGAUCUGAGUCGCGCAUCCUGAGGAUGAGGAAAAAUAGUAACCCAAGAAACUGAGAUGGAAACCCAAUAAACUGAUGAAAGGGGGGAUG